AUGGGCCGUCAGUGCGGGGCCCCGGGGCGCGGCCCGGGGGAGAGGGGGCAGCGCGGGGAGCCGGGGGCGGCCAUGGGAGCGGGACGCGGGGCUCGAGCGUGGCCCCGCCCCGGCCGCCCGGCCGCCCCGCCCCGGCCCGCCCUCCCCAGCGCCGCCACCUCCCCGGCCGCUGCGGGCCCUCCUGGUUCCUCCGCGAGGCCGGAGGGGCGGAGCCGACUGCGCACGCCCCCUUCACCCCGCCCUCGCGCCGAGCCGGGCCAGCAGGUGAAGGGUGGGGUCCGGGUCCGCGCCUCUGAGUCCCCACGCGGAGGUUUGGCCUGGCUGGAGCGGGCCGGGAGCCCAGUGACCCCAGCUCCACCCUCACUCGGGCCGCAGAGAAGAUUUUCCUUCAGCUCCCGCCUAAAGCGCUGUGGUGACGCCCCGCGAGGCAGGUCCGGGCGGCGCGCCGGGUGCUUUCAAGUCCCUGGUCCCGGGCUUGCAAGUGCGGGCCUGCGCCCGGCGCGGCUGCAGGAGCAUCUGCCCUCGUGUGCCGACUCGCGGAUCCCAGAGCGGGGCUGGGGCGGUCCCGGCCCGCGGGCUCUCCGGCCCCCCUUAGUCCCCCUCGGUCCCUGCGCCCCCUUGCCACCCCGGAGCCGCCCCAUCGCCCACUCCCUGGGUCCGCCUCUUCCCACCUCACCCCCCAUGCUGUUCCCAAGGCUGGGCCCCAAAGCCACACCUUCUUCCCACGAGGCCUCUCAAUCUUCGUCCCUUUCCACCCACGCGACCCAGAACUGA